AUGGCUAACCUUACAAAACUCGAGGUCGUUGCCCUUGAUAUUUCGGGCAAGAACUACCUAUCAUGGGUGCUAGAUGCUGAAAUCCAUCUUGAUGCUAUGGGUCUUGGAGACACAGUUAAAGAAAAUAAUAAAGCAUCCAACCAAGAAAAUGUCAAGGCUAUGAUAUUCUUGCGUCAUCAUCUUGAUGAGGACCUGAAAAUUGAAUAUCUUACUAUUAAGAAUCCACUCGUUUUAUGGAAAAACUUGAAAGAAAGAAUUACUUCUAUAUUGACACUAUGUGGAGAAAAGAUUAGUGAUUCUGAUAAGCUGGAAAAGACGCUCUCCACUUUUCAUGCCUCGAAUGUGCUCCUGCAGCAGCAAUAUCGAGAGAAAGGCUUCACAAAGUAUUGUGAUUUGAUUGCUCAUCUUCUUGUGGCUGAACAAAAUAAUGAUUUGCUGAUGAAAAAUCACGAGAAUUGA